GAAGACCUUGCUUCGCCAAGAGAAAGAACAUUCCUUGACAUCGCGCGUGCCUUUCGUCCGGACAAGUCUUACGCAGAGGAGGAUCGUUCGUCGUUCCAGUUGCCGGAACAUUGCCGAAGACCGCCAUCGCGGUGCUCAACGGUGCACGACGACAAGUGCGCGUGACACGAGGGGGACAACCAUGAACGUUACCACCAACGACCUUCCGGUGCGGCAAUGCAGCACGACGACGUGCCUCGCGUGACUCGCGCCGGUCACGAGUAAAGAGGAUCGGUCUCCUCCUCCUCCGCCACCACCAACCCUCGCGUAAGUACCGCGGCGGCGGCGGCGACGACCACCACCAACGGUGCAACGCGCUGGCCCGUCUCUCCUGUUCAGCCCCCCGCGUCCGCGGGGCACAAUCCUUACGACGAGGACACGCACACCAGGGUGGCACGAUAGUAUGACGGUGAUGCUGCUGCAACGUUCAGUCACCCCGCAGUCGACGCACAGCCAAAAGACAGCGACGAAGGACUGCAGCGCGAAGCCGCCCUUUCUCUUUCUACUGGACGACCGUGAGGAGCAUCGGCACUCGACCGAUACCAACACCACGACAACCACAAACAACAAUAACAACAACAAUAAUAAUAACAAUAACAAUAAUAACAAUAACGUCAACAAUAAUAACGUCUUCAAGAGAGGCGACCAGAGGAGCAACAGCCGCGAUCACGUCGCCGACGAGGCGCCGUCGUCGGUGACGUCCCAACGACUCGCCGGCGGUGGUCAGGACGUCGCGAUGCGAUAUUACCGCCUCUGGAUCUACGCCUGUAACCUGGUGCUGUUCGGUAGCGCGAUCGGCUUCGCCGCCGCGGUGUCGCAGACCCUCCUGUUCACCGGCGACCCACGUAGGCACUUGGUGCCGGGUGUACCCCGUGUCUACGACCCCACCGCGCUCUACGGCUAUCUGGCACUGACGGCGCAGCUAGGCCUGGUGCAGCUGCUCGGUUGCAUCGCCGCCAGGCGGCUCAGCGCCCGGCUGCUCCACGUCUACUGGAUCCUACUGCUGAUACUGCUGUUCGGCGACGCCGUGGUCGGCGUCGCCUGGAUCUUCCGCUUCGAGAAAAUGCGCGCCGACCUCAGGCCUACGCUCAGGCUACGUUUGCAGAUGGACUACAAUAAGGAGCCGCGAUUCAGCGAGCAGUGGGACCGACUUCAGCGGGAGUUCAUGUGCUGCGGGGUGAUCGGUCCCAGGGAUUUUCCAGGAAACCGCUGGCCGCAGACCUGCUGCGGACCCAGCGUGAACGCGAGCGACCCCUGCCCGCACCCGUACACGCGCGGCUGCGAGGAGACGCUCGUACGCUGGCUCAGGAAGACCGCGGACCUGCUGUUCGUCCUGGGCUUCUGCGUGAUCGCCUUCGCCAAGCUCUGCUUCCUCGGCAUCCUGCGCUACGAGAUACGGGAGAUGAUACAGAAGAUACGAUUGCUGAGGGAGCCGCCGCCGCCGGCCACGCCGUUCGCGCAACCGCCCUUCACCCAGGUGCUGCCGGAAACGGCCAACAACGGCAGCAUCGUGAGACGCACAACGUUACCUAACGCGGUUAUGCCUUCCGGCAACGCGUCGCUGUUGCUGCAGUCGGACGAGUGCAACGCCGGCCGGCAUCCGCUGCUGGCGAACAACCUGCAGGACGGCGGCGCCGACAGCGACACGAAUAGCCACUGCGCGCUGAUACUCGAGGAGACGACGCCUACCUCGACGAACAACCACAACAACUGCGGGGCCGGCGGCGGCCGUGAGAAGAGCAACGGUAACAACAACUACGAGAUGCGUGAGUUUAAUCGCAGGCUGCUGCUGUCGAACGGCACCAGCCCGGGCACGGGCGUCACCGUGACGCAGAGUAGGCGCACCUGACUAUGGAGAUGGUGGCGAAGCACCUCGAACCGUCUCCUGUACAGGAGCAAUCGGCGGCGCGCCGACAUACCGCUGUACAAGUAAACGAACGACAACCCUCUGUCAGACUCUUUCAGUUUUCUUUUUUAAGAGAGUAAACACAUACAUCUUAGCGAGCUACUGGCUGGCGCGAGUCCAACGGACGAUGCGAUAUAUACGUGAGGAAAUUAACGCCGCCGCCGCCGUCGUCGUCGUCGUCGUCGUCGUCGUCGUCGAUGUCGUCGUAUCGGCGAAAGUGAAGGGGGUUGACAACCGCUGCGCAGCAGCGCGUCUUCUAUAGCUCGCCCCUACCUCUUUCAUCCUCGAGGUCUUAUCGCCGAUUUGCGAUAGUGCGCGCUUAAUACGUAACACCGAAGGGAAGACCGCGGCGACGGACGGCGUUGACGGUGAGGCACACGAGAGACCAAAGCAUUCACGAAUCGAUAUCACACACGGUGGAAUUAUACAGGACUACUAACGAAAGAACCAAAUCAAAACAUUUAAACAUGUAACAAAUAGUGCGAGAGAGAAAGAGAGCUAUCUCCAUUUUGUAAGGCAAAAACUCGCGAAACGGGCGUUUUAGAUUCACGGAGAUCGCGGCACGAGAUUUCGCGCGCGAGGGGUGAAACUCCCCCCGAUCGUCUCGCGCGAUCCAGGGGAUGGGAAAACAAAGAGAGAGAGAGAAAAAGAGAGAGCGAAAUCCGAGGAACGUCGUUGCCCUAUGAUUCCUUAAAACGUUGCGGCGAGCAACUCACCCCGCGUUGAAAGACAAUUCGAAGAAAUCCAUUCUAUUUACGGCCCGUAACUCUCGUAGUCGUAUGCUAAUUUCGUCAUCGUCGACGUCGAGCUAUAGAGGGUAGGUGCACGCUAAUUUUAAAUGACCGUUAGAAACCACUUUCUUUAGUCUCCUGACUUUUACAGAAUUAAUCCGCCGCUUUUACACGCGAGCGCUUUCGCUGUGUUUGUGUGUGCGCGCGCCCUCGCUUACCCGCCCGCCCAGCCGCGACUAACAUCGGCGGGGGUUGCUCAUUAACUGCCCCGUGCAGCUCUCCUCGCAAGUGUAUUUUAUACAUGUACAUACGCCUUUCCGUCCUCGUAUGGUCGGUGUGCAUAACUACUUUUGCAGAUUUAUUUUUAGCCGCGAAACUUUCUUGCGUUACCCAUAUCCGAAUAAAGCCGUCAUCGAUCGUGUCAUCAGCGCAACCCGGGAUCGCGUCCGUCGCGUCGUGCCGUUUCUCAUUCGAAGAUAACGUUCAAAACACACUACGCCGGUAGUAUGUCACAGCCGAGUGUAACUAUCGUCGCCUAUAAAUGACACACACGAAGCUCUUGUUCCCGCUCGGAUCUCUCCGCGUUGGUUUGUCUCUCUUGGGCCGACAGUUUCUGUUCGAGUUAAUUAAAGACUAUCCGAGGUAGUAAUCGGAUAUACUUUGUGGAUUGCGUUUCUGUCUGGCAAAGCCCUUAUCUCGACGGUACAGAUCUAUUCCCUUUCUCACUCUAUUUUACAUAUAUCGCAGAGAUUGCUCGCUCUCUUGAAGAUCUUGUAGAUAUUCAUCCUCUGAAUCCGCACAUUAUACGCGAUUAAAGUAUUAUUAUACCGCUAUCAAAACAGCAGAGGCAGCGAAUUUAAUUUAACCGGCGUUAAUCGAUGUGUUUCCUACCGCGACAAUCGGAAGAACGGUUACGAUUCGAGACCCGUCAACGACUUCCGACUUUAGUCUGACUUGAGGAAACUUGAGGAAACUAUGUCUUUGCGAGUUCACACGUUUUGAUUCCUUUAAUAAUGCAGACAGACCGUGUGCCUGUCCAGACAAGCGAACUGUGCCUGACAGAAACAUUACCGUCUAACCGAGCUAUUGAAUCUUCACGACUGCACUCCAUGAAGUACUCCGUAACGAUCCUUCGACCUUUAGAGAUAAUUGCGAUAGUUACGAGAGGAUAUUGUGAGAUACUACUGCCAAAUUGAGCCUCCUCCUCCUCCCCCUUCUCCGACGAAGAUGGUUGUCUAGACGAACUAUUCUUGAGCGCGACGGGAGUUCGCUUAGUUUCCUCGUUAAUAAUACAAUAGAGAGAACGAAAGGGCGGAGGAGGUGAGAGGGGAAAGAGAUUUUCCCUAGUAGGCGACGAUUAAAUAUAAUUCCUAAUCAGCUUUUACAUAUACAUCUAAAAAGAUAUCGCGUCACGCAAGUAGCUUGUACACGUUCCCUGGACCGUCAUUAUCGGACUAAAAUAAGCACGGACCGGAGUUAUUUCAUUCACUGCAGUUUUUCAACUGUUUCCUCCUUUUCUUUUCGCACGCCUCGUACGCCUCAUCCGGUUGUCCCAAUUACGAAGAUCCGUCUUGUAAGCGACAAAGACGUAGCGCGUCUACACUCGAAAUAAUUGGCUUCCUAGCUAGGAUUAAAAGGAAUCUUAGGGUUAUACAUUUAAUGGGGAUGCAAUGGUAACGGAUACAAAUACUGUAGUAGGCUGUAUAUAUAUAUACCGGCAUAGAUAAUAAGUGUCGAUCGUCUGCUUAAGGAGAAACCGAGAUAUAUUAUCUGUUAAUUAUUCGAACGCACGUCACCGCCGAUGUUACAAAACGGGACGCUUUACGUUGAAUUCUCCCAUCUAUCGUAGUUGAAUUUACGUGUCUCGAAAUCUGGUGUUUUACACACACACACACACACACACACAUGUCCAAGUAUAAUUACAUUAGUCUGGAAAACAGGGUAAUUAUUAAUCUCGAACUGGUUGCCUGACCAUCCUUGGGCCACUAUUUAACGAAGUAGAAUACUCGCGCGUUGUCGCCGCGAGCAAGACAAUUUGAUUCCCUUUCAUUUUUUUUUCAGGUCAGCAGAGAUUUUUUUGCCGAACAAUUGGCGGUAUCAUUCUUUCUUAAUUCUUAAUCAGACCAUCGAAUUAUUGUUGAAUGUAAUAAUAAUGUGAAAGCUUACACCUCGCAGACACACAGCCUCUGCCACUAAAUGUAUAUACAAAGAUAUUAUAUACAGACGAUAUAGAGAGAGACUAAACGUUUUUUAAUUAAUUAGUCGGAAGAAAACACAUUCGGAAAGAAAGAAAAAAAAAUACCAUAUACGAAACUUAUAUCACACUCCGGAGAAACGAGAUACUUGAAUUCGCUUCGGUUCGUCGUAUCAAUGUACAAUCUACUAGAAAAAAAAAAGAAAGAAACAAGAGCGAAAGAUUUUAGGCGUUUAUAUUUUAUCCGAGCGAUAUUUCCUGAUGUUAUACAACCACACCACUGCAAAGAAAGACUUCAAAGUUCAAACGAGCGUAGCGAUUUGUAACGAGAGAUUGGUACCUAAGUGUAAUAUAUACAAAUUGAAGUGGAAGACGGGGAGCUUUGAAUAGUGCCUGCUUAAAAUCCAAUUUAUUAUAUAUCUCAAACAACAAAUAGGUAUGGUCGAACAAUUAGUCGUUUGCGGCAUUGCACGGUCGGAUUCGAAUACGGCGAGAUCGGUCAACGAGAGACGACAGUCUACAUACAAAAAAAAA